UACUCCCAAGUCCCAACUGGUCUUACGCGGUGAGCCGGUGACCCAGCAGCGGAAGGAACUGCCGUCUCGGUCAGUCGGUUGUGGGCUGCCGCCUCCCUACCGACCUCGAUCGCCUUCUUCGCCGCCAUCGCCACUGAUCGGGUUCUUCCCUUCGAAUCCAAGUAAUCGGGGUUCCUGUGUCCCGGAAGAGGAUGGGGUCCGUAUCCAAGAAGACGAUCUCGAGGCACACCACGCACACGGAGCAGGGGUCGCACGCGUUCGAGAUCUCCGGGUACAGCCUCAACAAGGGCAUCGGCGUCGGCCAGUACAUCCAGUCCUGCACCUUCACCGUCGGCGGCUACGACUGGGCCAUCCGCCUCUACCCCGACGGGGUCGUCGAGGCCUUCAGGGACUACGUGACCAUCUACCUCGAGCUCGUCAGCCAGGACGCCGAGGUGCGGGCUCUGUAUGACCUGUCCUUGGUUAAGCAGGAAACCGGCUUGCCAGUCAGUAUGUGGUGCAAAUCGACCCCGAGAGAGUUCCGAUCCCGCGAUAGCAGCCGUUUCGCGCCGCAGAGUGGAGGGUUCAUACCGAGAAGCACGCUGGAGAUGGAUGACAUAGGCUACGUUCUGGACGAUUACCUGACGAUCGAAUGUGCUGUUACUGUCGUCAAAGAAGCACACUUGUACCAAACCUCGGCAGAGUAUGAGAUCGCGUUGCCGCCAUCGGACUUGUCUGAUCAUUUCGGCAAGUUACUGUUGGAAGAGGAAGGAGCCGAUGUGACUUUCAGUGUUGGAGGAGAAACUUUUGCUGCACAUAAGAUUGUGCUAGCCACACGCUCGCCUGUCUUCAAGGCAGAGCUGUAUGGACAGAUGAAGGAGAGGACGGCGCAAAGCGUAACCAUUGAGGACAUGCAGCCUGCUGUUUUCAGGGCCUUUCUGCAUUUCAUCUAUACUGAUUCGCUGGCUCAAAUGGAGGAUCUUGAUCAUGAUGAUUACAGUGAAAUGAUCCGGCAUUUACUUGUGGCUGCAGAUAGAUAUGCCAUGGACAGGCUCAAGUUGAUUUGCCAAAACGUCCUCUGUCAGUAUAUUGACGUGGACACAGUGGCGGCUACAUUGGCUUUAGCUGAUCAGCAUAACUGUGAGAGCCUUAAGAAUGUUUGCAUUGACUAUAUGACCACUUCAGAUGAGAUUGAUGCCGUGGCGGCAACUCAAGGUUAUGCAAAUCUCAAAAGAUCUUGCCCUUCUGUCUUAAUAGAUGUGUUAGAGAAGCGAAGCAGGAUUCAGAAAGAAUAGAUUCCUUGAUGUGUAGCUCAUCCUAAGCUAAGUCUGUUGUCUAUGCAGUUUAGUUCUUAGAUAAUAAUUUGCUAGGUUUCCUACAACUUUUAGGUGGUAAGUCUGGUUUCUUAUGAUAUGUGCACCUUUUCCAUCGAAUUUAUUGCCUGUUCAUGUCAGAUGGAUACUGUGGUGGCAAAAGGCUAAUGUUAAGCCAGUUUGAAGGAACUUGUUCAGAUGUUUUGGUUGAUGCAUUUGGCUAGAACUAGGCUUUGGAAA